UUUCUUUCAUGCUUUGCAUUUGUCACACCCACCAAAGGAACCGGAGCCUCCCUCUCUGCUCAUCCAAACAGAUGACCCCGGCUUGGCAGGAGGCUGUCACUGCUCUGAGAAGCUCCGCGGGCCAUGACCCGGUGCCCUGGACUUUUGGGCCUGGCUGACACAACACCACCAUGAUGGACCCCGAGAGACAAGUUUAUGGGACAGCACUUAGGCCUCAGACUUGGGAGGUGUCUGAUCGGGAUCAGCAGGUGUGGAUCCUGCAGGGAGAGACUCUGGUGAUGGUUCCACGGAGCAGCAAUGUGACUCCGGCCACGGUCACUAUCCUCCCAUGCAAGUACCCUGAGUCGCUCGAGCAGGGCCGAGGGGUUCCCAUCUACUUGGGCACCCAGGAUCCAGACCUGUGUCUGUUUUGUGAGGAGGUGGACCGAUGGCCCGUGCUGUGGCUGAAGGAGCAGAAUAUCUUGGAUCUGUACAACCAGGUGGAGCCCGUGAGACCCUUCCUUUUUUACCACUCCCGGGAUGGCAAUACCUCCACCUUCGAGUCCGUGGCCUUCCCAGGCUGGCUCAUCGCCUCCUCCCAGGUUGGCCAGCCCAUCUUCCUCACUUCCGACCUGGGGACAACCAACAACACUAACUUCUAUUUGAAUUUAAAGGCUUGAACUCAGCGUGGAGGUGGCCGCUUGCUCAGAGGCCUUUGUCUUUCAUUUUUUGAGCUCCCAGCAGGACUUUGUGUCACCUCAGGGCUGCUCCAUGCCAGCGCCAGAGGUGAGCAAGCUGCUGUCAUCAGCUCAUUUUAUGGAGGAAGAAGCGCUGACCUCGUGGCCACUGAAGAGCAGGCUGUGACUCAGAGCACGCAGCUGGGGCUGAAGGCUCCUCUCUAGCAGAAGCUACCCAGCGUGUCACCUGAGAAGUGGUGCGUGGUGUCACGGUGUGUGAGACCACAGGAGGCCCUUCGAGGAGUGACACCCUCAUUUUCAGGUGACUGGCCUGCUCCACGCCUGAUUUUCACCCACUUGCUACAGCAGACGUUCUUGCAUUGAGCAGCAGGAGAGCCAGGCUAACUUUCACUGAAAAACGGGAUUCUUUGGACCUUUAGCCAUGGGGAACCUUACAGAAGGAUGAACACACAGGGAGAAGGGCUUUUGGACCCUGGGAGGAAUGAACAGUGCUCCGGUGAUUAGAACUGUCACAUCGUGCUGAAGCACGAGGGCGGCUUUUUAUUUUUUUUAUUUUUUAAUGGUCAUUUCAUGAAGCUGGAUCCAAAGACACUGCCUGGUGCCUCAGGAACGACAGGGCAUGGGACAGAAGACACUGUUCCCCACUGAACACAGUGACUACAGUCAAUAAUUCAUGUCAAUAAACAUGAAUGUUUGCUGCUUAGGCUCUUUUAAAGGUUUUAAGAUUCUUACCCAAACAACACACAUCUGUGGUUAAAGGACCCGUCCUCCACCCCAUCCUCCGCCCCGUCCUGCACGCACCCGGCAGCUUCGAUUUGGCCACUUUUUCUGCCGUUUUUCUUCCAUUUCAAGAAUUAGCAGUUUUUGACACUCUCUUUCCUACCCGACGGAUGGCAUUUGCAUCUCUACAAAAAUUGCAAGCUCUUUAUCUGUUUUCUACAAAGAAAUAAAUCCCAAGUGGCAAGACCGGUGUAGCCGCACUCACAGGUGUUGAGACGCCCUUGGAGGCGCCUGGGAGGUCAGGCCUUCUUUUUCAGGAUUUGGAUAAUUUUUAUGAAUCUCUUCCUCUCCUUCAGCCUUUUCGUUUGUUGGGCGAGGGAAGGGAGGUACACAGAGUGCAUGGGUUUGCUGAGGGGCACUGCAUUUCAUGCAACUGGAGGAAUGGCAGGCUUGAGGCUGGGUCUUUAGAGUGCUGUGUGCUGGAAUUGGGGGGGGGGUUGUGAACCGUGAGAAAUCAGCAACAGUGACCCCAGCCAGGGCAGCAGAGCCAAGUCUGUGCCUCCUCACUCCCUCCAUUGGGGUUGUCCUUAAUUUGCAAAUUUUCAGCACAUGAUCCAUCAAAUGGAAUCUCUGGCCUCCCAGACACCCUGAUGGAAUGAUGUAAUCAGUGGAAUGUACUAAUUGCACACUGUAUUUCUAAACGCAACAUAGCAUCUGACUCCCCUGGGUGGUGCACUAAAACCCCAGGGACCCACACACCUCAUUAAAAACCCUCUUCUAGAAACUGGCAUUUAUCAACUUCAAGGUGGGCCUCAGAAUUAACAUCUUCCCCAGGACACUAGGGAAUACCGACUGAUGGACCAAACUUGGGAAAUACUUUCCUGGGUUAUCCCAGUGGAAUUUCAUGGACAAAAAGACUUCGAUUAAUCAUGCUUGGGAUAAUCUGUGUGCUUCAACAGAAAUAAAGAGAUACUUACAUAUA